AUGGAAUUGAUACUAGCUGACUUUCAUCGGGACCUUGGUAACAUCAGCUCGGAUAUACAAGAUCUGCAAAUAAGACACAUUCUUCUUACUCCUGUAACUGAACAAGAUUUCAUGGAAAACCUUCACGAACUUGAUCAUAAAUUGAACAUAAUAUCUGGUCAAGGUGUUUUGGAGUACCCUGCCUGUCAAGAUGUUGGAUCGUUGUUGAAGAAAUUAAAAACCAAGGCUAUCACUCGAAUACGAGAGUUUCUUUUGGAGAAAAUUAAGGUACUACGUAAACCGAUGGCAAAUUAUCAGGUCCCUCAAUCUCAGCUUUUGCGCUUCAGGUAUUUUUAUGAAUUCCUUCUGAUUCAUGAAAAAGACCUUGCAAGGGAGGUUCGAGGCAGUUAUCUCUCUACAAUGGAUAAGGUCUACUUCGCCUACUUCAAAACUUAUGCGUCUAAGCUGCUCAAACUUCAGGUCGAUAGUUCUCCCGAGAAGGAUGAUCUCGUAGGCAAAAAGUCGGAUGAACUGAACAAUUGGAAUCAGAGUUCAGCCCCGCCAAGCGUUGUCAACGUUUUACAGUCGUCUUCAGCUACUACAGUUCAGCCCACCUCACGUCCUGGUCAUUUUGGUCUUGGUGACCGAGCUGAGAGAUUGCUAACUAAAGAAGGUCUCCAAGCCGCUAUCCUUCUACCUCAUGCAGCAGCAAAGAACGAGUCUAAGUAUUUGAUUGAAGAGGUUUACAGGUCGAUCAAUUACGCCCUUCUUGACACAGCUUGCCGAGAAUACGUAUUUCUUGGUGAUUUCUUCCUUCAUAGCUUUGGUUCUCCCGUUUCGAACUCAAAGGCUCCACUCACAAGUGAACAGGUAGCUUUGUCAUUGUUUGACAAAGUCUUCAGUCGAACUCUUGACACAUUGGACACAGGCGUAAUGCCAACACUAAUUCAAAUUGGGCAAUAUGAUCUCCUUGGGGUCUUGCUGAGUAUUCAACUUACCCAUUUAAUGAUUAGUUUGAUGAAGGAGCGUGGAAUUCCCAUCCUCGAACGCUAUUGGCGUAGCCAGUUGGACACAAUGUGGAGUCGCGUAGUGGAUCGCAUGGAUGCACACAUCGCGUCCUUGCGAAAUCUAGACACGUCUCAAUUUGCUCAAUUAGCCGCUCUUCAUCUGCGUGCUCAACGAGGUGGAAGUAUCAAUGAGGCAGCUGCCGUAGCCAACCUCUCCCCUCGUGCCUAUAGCCUCAUUCGUCCCCAUCCUGUGGCUCGUCGCUACGCCGAAUUAGCCGCUAGCCUACACACCAUUGGGAGCGCUCUCUCUGUCUCUGAUACAUCAAAAGGGGGAAGUGAAGCGGUAGGACAGGCGGAAGGACACAAUUUAGAUCCGCGGGUUGUUCUCGCUUUGUCCAGAAUGCAUGCUGAGUUCGAAGCGGCCUGCUACCGCCUCGCCAAGGCCCUUCCUCGUAACCGUCUCCGACUUGUCUUCCUCAUCAACAACUUUGACCUCAUCGUCAGUGUUCUCUCAGAGAAAGGAGCUGGCAACGCCCCAGAGGUUAAUCGGUGUCGAGAGGCAAUUGGAAUGCACACGGUAGCCUACAUUGAUCAGGCACUUCUACCUUACUUCGGCAGUAUGAUAAACUUCAUCCAAUUAGUAGAGAAACGAAGCCCCGAUGAACCCAUCGAUCAAAACGAAGAGAGCAGAGUGACUCGUAUUAUCAAAGGGUUUAACAUCGAUUGGAAGAAUUCAAUUGAGAAGAUCAACGGCGAAAUUAUGUUAGAAUUCGCGAAUUUUACACUUGGGACUCAGAUCUUCCACGCCCUUCUUUCCCAACUCGUUCAAGUUUAUCAUCGCUUUCAAAAGGCUAUGACCCUUCCACCGUACAAAUCAAUGUCGGUGCGUAAUCAGUUGGUCAGUAUCCAUCAGAUAAUGAGUGAGAUCAAGGCUUUCAAGUCAAAUUUUUGA